AAGACGUUCUUUCGCGAUUCGCCUUUGUCUGAGGAAGUCAGCUUCGGACUUAGAAAAUUUUCUUCCAUCGACACUUAGUUUCUGGACAGAGACAGAUUCUGGAGAAGAGAGCAUAUCACUAAAAAUGAAUGGUGACUACGGAGGAAGCUUUGAGCAGAAAAUUAUGGCCGAAAAUGGACUCAAGAGAAAAUUAGACGAGAAGGGACAUAAGGCCAGUGGUCAUUCAAAGAAACCCGGCAAGUCCGAUUCUAAGGAUGGAAGUGGAAUGGCACCAAAAAAGAUUAAAAUUGAUGGACAACAAGGGAAAUCACCAUCAAAAAAUGCAGUGGAUGGAGCUGUUAAGGUAAAAAAGGAAAGGUCUCAUGAUGGGUCAAAGCUUAACAGUACUCCAAAAAGUGCAUUGAACACACCAAGUGCACUUAAUUCAGUGCACACUCCACCAAAGGUCAAGCAGGAGCCAGUCAGCCCUGCAAAGUCACGGAAGGAAGUUACAAAACCCUCAAAGCAUGUACCCAAUGUGAAGUCUGAAGAGGAUGAUGAUGAUGAUAUCCAACAGCUGCAAAGAAUAAGCAAAAAAUCUUCCUCAAGUGGUUCAAAGUCAGAGAAAAAGGUUGAAAUGAAAAAGCCUAAGAAGGAAGAGGAUGAUAGUGAUGAAGAGCCUCUGGUAUGUUUUCUAUUUUUGUCAAAUUUUUGUAGAUCGGGGACUUUUUAUUGUAGAAUUCAAAAGGCCAAAAAAGCAAAAACUCCCACUUCUAACAAGAAGCCGAAAAUUAAAGAAGAAAAGUCUUCAUCAGCAAAGAAACGUAAACUACCUGAUGAUGACGACGAUGAUGAUUUCAAGCAGAAGGGGAAAGCUAAGAAAGAAGCUGGCUCCAAGGACAGAAAGUCAAAAGGAAAAGGAAGAGAUGAUGUAAAACCGUCACCGACAAAAGGGAAGAAGAAGCCAAAAGAAGAAGAAGAGGUAUGGAAAUGGUGGGAAGAAGAGCCACACCCAGAAGGAAUCAAGUGGAUCACAUUAGAGCACAAUGGUCCGUAUUUCCCACCGCUUUAUGAUAGACUCCCGUCUAACGUCAAAUUCUAUUAUGAUGGUAAACAUGUUGUUCUUAGUGAUGAAACCGAAGAAGUGGCUGGUUUUUACGCAAGGAUGAUCGAGCAUGAGUACUCGAGCAAAGAUAUAUUUAACAACAAUUUCAUGGAAGAUUGGAGAAAAGUUAUGACUGACGACGAAAGGAAACUCAUCAAAGAUUUGAAGAAAUGCAAAUUCCGAGAGAUUUUCGACUAUUACCAACAGAAAUCAGAAGAACGAAAGGCAAUGUCCAAAGCUGAGAAGCAGGUGCUCAAGGACGAAAACCAGCAGAUUGCAGACAAAUAUGGCAUGUGUAUCAUGGAUGGGCACAAGCAGAAAGUUGGCAACUUCAGGAUUGAGCCUCCCGGCUUGUUCAGGGGGAGAGGGGAUCACCCCAAACAAGGAAAAUUGAAAAGGAGGGUGCAGGCUGAGGACAUUAUAAUUAAUAUUGGAAAGGAUGCUGUUGUCCCAAGUCCUCCAGAGGGGCAUAAGUGGAAAUCCAUUCAACAUGACAAUAAGGUGACUUGGCUGGCUUGUUGGGUAGAAAACAUUGCCGGAAAUUACAAAUAUGUAAUGUUGAAUUCCGCGACAAAACUGAAGGGAGAGAAGGAUUGGCAAAAAUACGAGACAGCCAGGAAACUUAAAAGUUGUGUGGAGAAAAUUCGUGCGAAUUACCAAGAAGACUGGAAAUCGAAAGAAAUGCGAAUUCGCCAGCGAGGCGUUGCUUUGUACUUUAUUGACAAGUUAGCUUUGAGAGCUGGGCACGAGAAAGAGGAAGGCGAGUCAGCAGACACUGUUGGCUGUUGUUCUCUGCGUGUGGAACAUAUCAAGCUUCACAAAGAGGUAGAUGACCAAGAGAAUGUUGUUGAAUUCGAUUUCCUUGGUAAAGAUUCCAUUAGGUAUCAAAACAACGUUCCUGUUGAGAAGCGGGUUUUCAAGAACCUGGCUCUGUUUAUGGAAGGAAAAUCGGGUGAUGACGAGUUGUUUGACAGACUAACGACAACAAGUUUGAACAAGUAUCUUGGAGAGCUGAUGGAAGGUCUUACGGCCAAAGUUUUCCGUACUUUCAACGCAUCGAAGACACUGCAAGAUCAGCUUGGUGAACUGACUGUUGAUGGGGAAAACGUGACGGGAAAACUCUUGGCCUACAACAGGGCAAACAGAGCUGUCGCUAUACUUUGCAACCAUCAGCGGGCUCCACCGAAAACAUUCGACAAACAGAUGGAGAAUCUUAUGAAUAAGAUUAAAGAUAAGAAGACAGCUAUAAAAGAUGUCAGAAAGGAACUGAAGGAACUGAAAAACAGUGGCAAAGGUUCACGGGACGAAAAAAACAUCGAGAAAAAGGACAAUCAGAUGAAACGUCUGAAGGAGCAGCUGUUCAAACUUGAAGUCAGUAUGACAGACAAGGAAGAAAACAAAGAGAUUGCUCUUGGUACAUCAAAGCUGAACUAUCUGGAUCCUAGAAUUUCUGUCGCAUGGUGUAAGAAAAACGAUGUGCCGAUUGAGAAAAUCUACAAUAAAACGCAAAGACAGAAGUUCCAAUGGGCUAUCGACAUGACGGAAGAAGAUUUUGUUUUUUAGAAUAAAUAUCACCAGUUAAAAACUGAUGAUUUUAAGAACAUUUUUGACUUAAUCUAAGGUAGGUAUUUUAAACUCUUUUAUCCAGUCGACGUCUAGAUUUUUACUCUUUCAUGGGUUAUGCAUGUAGGGCACGAUAGGUGUAAUUUAAUUUUCGAAAACUUGAGCUUCCUUUUGUCGAGUGGAAGCUAUUAGACCUGGUGAUGAUCUCAACUACUAAAGUCGCUCUAUUCGAACACAGAUGUCAUCUUUUAAUGAACGCAAUAGUUCGUUGUGUAAUCAUAACUAUGGUUUGAAACAAAGGAUUGUAUAAGCACUGCGCGAAUUAUUUACUGUGAAUGUUUUUUUCUUGUGAUUAAAGAGACCCUUUGAAAAUAUAGCUCGACCAGGCCCGGCUAUUAAAAUCUGACGUUUCAAUUGUCUUGCUGUCGGUGCAUACCUGAACUCUAUGGAUUUUCUUGUAACACUGCGAUAAUUAAUAAAAGACGUGCUUGAUAAUAUGAAGACGGUCAUAAGAGGUCACUGUUUGGCAAAAUCAUAAUGAAUUUUCACACUUUUAGAUUUUCUAGUAAGAUAAUAAAUUUUUUAUGUGUGUUGAUAUCUCAACCAAAGCAAUAUAAUUUUCCCUCGCUGCCCCUGAAAGGAAUCUGCCAUUAGAGCACAAUUACGUAGGGUUACCCAGCACAGAAUGCUAUGUUAAUCAGUUCAGUGCAUCGAAAUAUGCACUCUGUUGCAUGCAGUUAGGACUUAUUUAUCUGGAAUUGUGACAGGGUAUUAAAGCAGUCAAUUUGCUUACAAUGUUUUUAGAAACCGAAGUUACUUUGAAUAAAUGAACGAGACAGUAUCAUGAAAGAGCAACACAACUCUUUUUGAAAAGUUAGCAACAAAGAUACCCCAGCCUGAUUAUUUAUUUCUGACGCAAACAUUGCGACAUAUUUGCCCAAUAACUUGCAUAAAAGACGUCUAUAUCUGCCCACAACAUAUCUGCAAAGUAUCCUUAAAGUUAUAAUUUAUCAUUUCUGCCCUGUUGCGGGUCACCAUUCAUAAGCUGUCGCAAGAACCUUUUUUGGCACCUAAUGUUUCAGUUUGCCUCAAUUGUUGGCGCACAUUAAAAAGGGUUAACCAAACAUUUGAAUAGCUGAGAUUUCUUCACGGCAGACGGUGUAUUCCCACAGUUUUGUCAACGUAGUUUCCAUUCAUUGAAACCACAACAGUUUAAAAAUUCUGAUACUACGAGGGUCAUAUAAUAAUGUUUUGACAGAGAAGUAAUUGCCGUUUUGAAAAUCGGCGAACGAUAUUUUUUGUGUAAAGCAUGGUUGAUGAUAUCGAGCGUAUAGACGCCGUUUUGAUCGUUUUAUUAGAAAGUAAGGAAGCAAACGGUUUAGGUUUUAAUUUAUUAGUCGAGUAUUUGUGGUUUAAUUGUAGUAAAAUUACCAGUGGCUCCUUUUGCAACAAAACAUGGUACCAAGCAUAUUUACGAAAUAUAUAUAGUAAAACAAUAUGUUUUGAUACAGUACCACCAUCAAUUUUUAGGCGCCAAGCAUCAAAACAUUUUUUAAUCCAGUAUUUUUUACAUUUUUUUACUUCAUAAAUUUAUUUCCUCUGUUAGAUUCACGCUUCCCUUCCAAGUAAACGUUUGUAAAACAUAUGAUAGGCUAAACCAAAAAUUUUCUUUUUUGUUAAAUAGAAAAAGGCUUGAAUCUUUUUUAUUUGGUAUUUCCAACCACGUUUUUGGCACUCAUCUGAAGAUUUACAGACCAGGUUUCAAGUCACAGAAAAAUAAAGAUUUGUCGGAACGGAUGUAUCCAAAUGAAAGACUUUUCACGAUAAGGUUUUGCCAAAUCUUUUCUUUUAAACCCUACCUAAGGGCUGAUAUCAACUUCUGUUUCUCGAUGGGUUUUUCUAUGGUCUGUAUUUUAGCUUGAUGCACUAGCAUCGAUUGCAAGGCACUGUUUGAAUUAUCAUUGGACCACUGCUAAUUCUUUAUUAUUCCGUAAAGGAACGGUAUUAAACUAGCUUUUUUUAUAUUUAAAAGAUGUCAGCCUUUGCAUAAAUAUUGAUUUUGUCAUUCCCAAAGAA